AUGAGGCUAUUGUUGGCAUUGAAAUGUCCGGUCAUUAAGAGCGAGCUUGCUGCGAUCGUCUGGCCGGUCCUCGAAGGCAUACAAUACCUGCGCGGGUGCGGAAGGGCGCUUGCAGCGUUAAACGCGGACACGAUAUUGCUUUCGGAAUCCGGAGAGGUUAAGAUCGCCGGGAUAGAGCACAGUUGCGAGCUCAGCAAAGUGGAGAUGAACGCCGCCACGUUGAAGCUCUUCGCGUUGGCCGAGAUUGUCGAAAAGAUCAUUGGAAAGACUCUGCCUUCAUAUCCGUGGAGUGGCGAGGCUAAGAGUCUAUCCCGAGACCUUAGGAGCCUGUUACUAGAGGAGUUGCUGCGGGUAAGUUACGCUACCGGUAUCUUUGCGGUCGUGACUGAUCGGAAAGAACAAACAUUGGAAAAAACUGGCGACACCGGGGGGGGGUUGAGGAUGCUCGUGAAGAUAGCCAACAAGACCGCUUAUCAUAGAGUGGAAAUUCUUGACCGCGCGUAG